GGUGACGCUGAGGCGGCUGAGGUGCGGGGACGCGAGCCCUCCUCAGCCCUUUGGGCGGCGCUCCCCUCUCGUCUGUGCGGUGAAUGGCGGCGGGAUGGAGCGCGAGGGGAGCGGCGGCAGCAGCGGGGGCUCGGCCGGGCUCCUGCAGCAGAUCCUCAGCCUGAAGCUCGUGCCACGAGUGGGCAACGGGACCCUGUGCCCCAACUCCACUUCGCUCUGCUCCUUCCCAGAGAUGUGGUACGGGGUGUUCCUGUGGGCACUGGUGUCGUCACUCUUCUUCCAUGUCCCUGCUGGAUUACUGGCCCUCUUCACCCUCAGACAUCACAAAUAUGGUAGGUUCAUGUCUGUAAGCAUCCUGUUGAUGGGCAUCGUGGGACCAAUUACUGCUGGAAUCUUGACAAGUGCAGCAAUUGCUGGAGUUUACCGAGCAGCAGGGAAGGAAAUGAUACCCUUUGAAGCCCUCACGCUGGGCACGGGACAGACCUUCUGUGUGGUGGUAGUCUCCUUCCUGCGGAUUUUAGCGACUCUAUAGCAUAUACCCUUUGCUGUGAUGUGGAAACAGUUUUGUAGAGCCCUCAGAAAAAAACAAAACAAAACAUCAAGUGGGAUGUUUCACAUAGGAGCCGCGUGGACAAGCCACAUGGACAAGCCGGAGUGUGAGAACCAGCAUCCAGCCGUGUCUUGGGUUUGACGCACCAGAGACUGCGAUCUUUGCCGAGUCUUGUCAUUCUCCACUAAAGCAGAACAAGUUUCUUGGCAUUUUUUCACAGAUGUUUAAUUUAAGUGGCUUAAUACACUGUACCUUUCCAAAAGGCAGGCCAGCCGUGUCACUGGGUCAGCGUCCCUUGCACUCUUGAAAUUUAUAAUAUUCUGUGAGAAAAUGCAGUGUCGCAUACUUGAAACUAUGGAAAAUGCUAGUUUCUUUCAAAUGAGCAGAGUAUGUUGUACUACAAGCCUAACUGAUCUAAUCUUGAUUAAAAUUUGGCACUUUUCUUUUGUUACAUCUCGUGACAGUAAAUGCCAGGUUUUCGUUGAGGACAGCUUUGAGAACAAAUAUGAUGAAAUAUAGUAGGAAAAAAAAAUCAAAGUAUAACCCGAGGAGUGAUUUUGGUUCCACUGUUGGAGGACGAAGUAGGUAGCUGUUGAAUAAUGUGACAGUUUAUGGAUAACUAUCCUGACCUCCAGUUAUUUAAUAUAUAUUAAAAGAUGUGAAUUUGUUGUCUUGUACAUUUUAGCAAAGUAAGCUUGCCAGUGGAGACCUAUAUUUUAGAAUUUCUGUAUUGCUUUUUCCUAUCACGUUUACUUCUUUUAAGUUUAUUUAGUUUAACUGGACACAUACCCGUAUUAACUGGGUUGUUUAAAAUUUUAAGCCAGAUUUAUUAGAAUGCUCAUUAGAUACUGGGGCACAAAUAAGAUACUUUGUGAACAUUUUCUGACACUUAAUGAGUUUGCUCUACUGGUGGCUCUUUAGUCUCAGCUGUUUCUUCAGCUGGUGGUUGCUCAUCUCUUAGUCUUACUAUGUUUACCAGGAACUGGGGAGUCCUCAGACUUCCUUACAGUAUUGGAUAUUGACUCCCAUAAAGUGCCUGAAGUCUCAUUUCCAUUACACACCAUCUCUGUGCUUUAUAUUUUUAUUGAAGAGCAUUAAAUAGAUGAGGUCUUAAAAGCCUCAGCUUUAGCUAUUUUAAUUCUUACCCUACUACUUAAACUUUUUCAUUAAAAGGCCGGAAAACUGUGACCUUCAAAAAGGGAUAGGUAGUAAAACUUAAUUACCCAGCUUGAUUCUUUCCAGCUAAACAGUUUGGUAUGAAAUACGGCUUCUUGUAUAAAUCUGACAUUUCUUAAAAGGAGAGUUUUCCUGGUGCGUGUAACACCACGGCUCCCGAGGUCAUGUGCACCUGACUGUGGAUCCGUUGCAUUUAAAGUAUUAUGCAUUCUUGUUUUUGCUUAAAAAU